CCCGUCAGGAAGGGACAUAAACAAAACAAACCCGCAGCCGCAUGGAGGGUCCGGGCCCCAGCGCGCCGGGCGGCGCCCCCUGCUGAGCCGCGGCCGCCCGAAAAGUCCACAAAUAGAAGAGCUCCAACAGGGUGAACUGAAGUUAUCCUAAGGAAAAAUUUCAUUGCAUGGAUUGUGUAAACUCACUGAGACUGAAGUAAAGCUGGAAAGGAAUCUACAGGUGAAUAAAACAAGAAGUUUGGAAUUGGAUUUGGGGAAUCUGGGCUUGGAAAUGCCUCAGCCCAGUGUGAGUGGAAUGGACCCUCCUUUUGGGGACGCCUUUCGGAGCCAUGCAUUUUCAGAACAGACUCUGAUGAGCACAGAUCUCUUGGCAAGCAGUUCAGAUCCAGACUUCAUGUAUGAACUGGACAGAGAAAUGGACUAUCAGCAAAGCUCCAGAGACAACUUACUUUCAAUGGAGGACUGCAAAGACCUUGAGAACUUGGAGUCUUUUACGGACAUCCUGGACAAAGAAGCUGCUCUCACGUCAAAGUGGGAGCAGUGGGACACUUACUGUGAAGACUUAACUAAGUACACUAAAUUAACCAGCUGUGACAUCUGGGGAACAAAAGAGGUGGAUUACCUAGGCCUUGAUGACUUUUCAAGUCCAUACCAAGACGAAGAGGUGAUAAGCAAAACACCAACCCUGGCUCAGCUUAACAGUGAGGACUCCCAACCUGUUUCUGAUUCACUCUAUUACCCCGAUUUGCUGUUCAGCGUAAAACAAAACCCGUUAAAUUCUUUCUUACCCGGCAAAAAAAUUGCAACCAGAGCAGCAGCCCCAGUCUGUUCCUCCAAGAACGUUCAGGCUGAGGCACCUUUAUCGGACUGUGUUCAGAAGGCAAGCAAACCUGCAACUCAGCCUGCUUCCAGUACACAAAUCAUGGUGAAGACCAACGUGUACAAUAACGAGAAGGUGAACAUUCAUGUGGAAUGUAAAGACUAUGUUAAAAAGGCAAAAGUAAAGAUCAAUCCUUUGCCACAGAGCAGGCCGGUGCUGAGCCAAACACGUGCUGACACAGCGAAGGAAAACACCUGUUAUUGUGGUGCUGUAGCAAAGAGACAAGAAAGAAAAGGAAUCGAGUCCCCUCACGGUCACAGUACGCCUCCUGUUUUGCCUUUUAAAGAGGCUCAAGAACUGCUCCUCAGUCCACCCCAGGAAACCCCAGGACUUAUUGUGGGGGAGAGCAGUCUUUCUGCCAGCACAUCAGUGUCGGAUUCUUCACAGAAGAAAGAAGAGCACAACUAUUCUCUUUUUGUAACAGACAGCUUGGGUGAGCAGUCAGCCAAAGGAGACCCCGAGGAGGAGGAGGAUGAUGAGGAUGAUAUUGAAGAUGAGGACCAUGACGAGGGAUUUGGCAGUGAGCACGAGCUGUCUGAAAACGAUGAUGAGGAAGAAGAUUACGAGGAUGAUAAAGAUGAUGACAUCAGCGACACCUUCUCAGAACCAGCAGUAAUUCUUAGUGGGUUUUCAAAGGAUGCUGAAUUCCUGUCUUCUGCAUGUAGAAAUGGAGCCUUAACAACAGAAAUGAGAACAAACCUUCAGCUAGAAGGGUAUGAAAAUGAUUCUGUGGAGGAUUUAAAAGAAAUGACUGCAAUAUCCUGUCGGAAAAGAGGCAAGCGAAGAUACUUCUGGGAGUACAGUGAGCAGCUAACCCCAUCGCAACAAGAAAGAAUGCUGAGGCCAUCCGAGUGGAAUCGAGAUACGUUACCCAGUAACAUGUAUCAGAAGAAUGGUCUCCAUCAUGGCAAAUAUGCAGCAAAGAAGUCAAGGAGGACUGAUGUAGAAGACCUGACUCCCAACCCCAGAAAGCUUCUGCAGAUUGGUAAUGAGCUGAGGAAGCUGAAUAAGGUGAUCAGUGACCUGACGCCAGUCAGUGAACUUCCCUUAACUGCCAGACCAAGGUCAAGAAAAGAAAAGAACAAGCUGGCUUCCAGGGCUUGUAGACUAAAAAAGAAAGCCCAGUAUGAAGCCAAUAAAGUAAAACUCUGGGGUCUCAACACGGAAUAUGAUAAUUUACUGUUUGUGAUCAACUCCAUUAAACAAGAAAUAGUUAAUCGGGUGCAGGUACCUAAGGACGACAGAGGAGUCAACAUGGAGCAAAAGCUGAACAUACUUAUUAAAGACACUCUUGGACUCCCUGUAGCUGGACAGACGUCAGAAUUUGUGAAUCAAGUUUUAGAGAAGACUGCAGAAGGAGACCCCACCGGGGGCCUUGUAGGGCUACGAAUACCGAUGGCAAAAGUUUAAGGCAUGACUUCAGCUGUUCUCAUCGGUCAGAUUCUCCCUGUGCUGUCAAGUACUUCGUUGUAAAUCACAUUCUGGUCUGCAUGUCAGUUUAGCAUUACGUAAACACUUACAGUUAGGUUCCGUUGUUUUUAAACUGCAAUGUAGUAACACAAAUCAAAGCAUGAUAUAAAAUGCUGAACAGCAUUUUUUUUUUUUGGACCAUAAACUCCAGAUAGUUUCAAAGCUGCUUUAAGCUUAAAUGCAGAAAUGAGGAUUCUUUUUUAAAUGAAGUUAUAUAGGACCAGAAUAUAUCACUUUUGGUUUAGAAGCAAAAACUUGGGUUUGCUAGUAAAAAUUUUUAGCGUAUGCCAGACAUUGCAACAGGUUUAUGCUCCAAGGAUAAAGAGAGGAAGUGUAUUUUUGGUAAAAGCUGUUGAUUUAGGGAGUAUUUUUUGCUCUUGUUUGUUUUUUUUUAAACAAAUAAUUGGAUUUUCUUUGUUCUUCUUAAAAAACCCAGUAAGCUUUCUUCGCAACCAUUAACUUGUACAUAGCACACGUGGCAGUAGAGCUAGUGUGCCAUAUAAGACUUUUAAUUUUCUGAGCUUAAUAUAGUAUUUAAAUGUCUGUGCAAGCAAGAGAAAAAAAAAACCACAAAAAAGUAUAUUCUUUGUGCCUUGUAUUUUGGGGGGAGAGCUAUCAGUAUAAGCUGGUAAAGUUUUGUAUGAAGAAAACCCUGAGGGGAAAAACCAUGAUGUAUAGAUGGUAAGAUUAUAGGUUUUAAUGUAUUUGUUUCCAGCUCUUAAAAUUUUUGAAUGUAUAUAGGAAUAUGUUGAAAAUGUAGAUAUAUGCCACAGAGUCUAUGUAUUGUAUAAAAGAUGGCUCUAGAAAACUCAAUUUCGGUACUUUGGCCGGAAGAAAACAAAUACUUGCACAUUAAUGCGAUUGUUUAUUUUUGUACCAAAGACAAAUGCAACUGAUAUGGCGAACUGCCAGUCUAAGUAAAGUUUUGCACAGCUUAUAUGAUACUGUACUGAAUGUAACAAAAAAACACAACAAAUGACAAAAAAAAAAAGACAAAAAAAAAGGAAAAAAAUUAAAGGUCAGGGUUAGGGAUCUUACUGAACUGUGAACUUUUUCGUUUGGGUCCAAUUAUCUACAGAAGGAGCAUUCAUACAUAACAAUAUUACUUUGCUGUUCUUGUAGGUCGCUUCCAUGGUAGAUAAGUUGGUGGCCGUCUCAGAGUCUUUAAAUCCUUUUUGGUUUUGGUUUGGUUUUGUUUGUUUGUUUGUUUGUUUUUUCCUCUGCACUUAACUGUAGGAGAUUUUAAUAUAUUUGGAUUUUAGUAAGCUAUUGGUAAAAUAGUUUUUGACUUUGAGAAUUUAAAUGAAAACAACAAAAAACCCCCCCCCACUCCUAUUUAGCUUGUUGUAGUAUACUUCCACCAAACAACCAAAACGAAAUUAUUUUUAUUGUAAUGUGUAUAUAUGUAAAGAGAAAACAUGACAAAACAAAACAAAAAAAGAGCUACAGAUAUCUAAUUCCUUAGUUGCCACUUUUCCAGUCGAUGUAUUAUUAUGCAUGUGAUGUUUCCAAGGAUCAACACAGGCUUCAAACUAAACAGGAAGAAGAAGAAGAAAAAAAAAGUUUAUAGACUUUUAUAUUUUUGUACAGGUAUUUCAAAUCUAGCUUCUUCAGACUUAUAUGUGACUUAUUCUUGUUAAUUCAGUAGUUUCUAUGACCGAGGAAUAUUAACACACAGUUCUUAUUUGCUCUUCUGCUAAUAAGAGUUGGCUUUGUAGUCAGUGUUAACGUACAGAUUAAAAGCUUUAGCCUUUGAUGAGAAAGUCCUUUAUCUCAAGGCAAGAUCAUUCUCUGGUUUCAUGGUUCCCCCUCCCUGUUUCCUCCCUGUUCUUUCUCUCCCUAUUUAAAGAAGACAAAACACUGUUUACUGAAAAUAGAAAUACCAAAUAUUUUCAAAUGUAGCUGCUGAAAAAAUAGAAAUGCAAAAGUCCAUGAAGGCUUUCUCCCCGCUCCCUUUGGGGAAUUUCUCCACUUCAUUUCUAGUUGGUCUGUGUUUGUACUGUGAUUCCUUUUUGUUUAUAAGUAGAUUAUUUUUAUAUCCAAGCUUGUACUAUUAAAAAAAAAACCCCUAUAAGUCUGGAUGGGCAAUAGUGCAGUAAGAGUGGCCGAUGAAGGUGGCAGUGCUGCCACGUGCUUGUGAGUGUGCACACGGCUUACUUUGUGUCUAAAUGUUUUGGAAGACUCAAAAGGGAGGAGGAGGCCAAAAUACCACUACUGAGCUAUACAGAAAGUCUUUUCUUACAAGAGACUGAACGAAUACCCAGGGCAAUUUAAGCAAAACUUUGUAAAUCCACUUCAGACUUGCAAAAUCUUGAGUGGAACGUGGGUGUGUUUGUUUCAGGUGGUGGUGGUAGGGUGAGGUGAGCGUUGGCUGCUGCUUUCCAUGCUGGGUCAGAUGUAUUCCUAUGUCGUUACUGCUGAUGUCGCAGUUAUUUCGGCGAUGUGUAUGGCCCAUAACAAGCAAAACCUGACAAAGAAUGUCUCUUGUGAAGUUCAGGCCAUGCCUGUACCAAGAUUUUGAAUACUGUUGUUCCUUUCUGAUGGGCAACGUUGGGAUAAAGACGCUGCUGGGAUAAGAGAUAGGUCCUUAUGCUAUAUCCAAACCGGCCAGACAAGGCGGCACUGCAAAACGUUGAGAGAGCUUUGGAAUUGGGUAAAAAGCUUUCUGUGACUGAUUAAACUGACACGGUAUUUACAAAAAGAAAAGCCCCAUUUCUACUGCUCAGAAAUCCUGGGCAGAAACAUAACUUUAUAGCUUUUUAUUUCUGUCUGAAAACCAGAAUAUGAUUUUGGUCUAGCAUUUCAAAGCAGACUUUGAAUCUUUAGUGAAUCCCAUACCCCUCGCAUUUCAGUGUUUUCUAUGUAUUAUUUUAAGUUAAAGCUUUUAAAUAGUUGAGCUUUUUAAUGUUGACACUUUAUUUUGUACCUAUUUAUAUGUAUGUAUAUCUUAGAAAAGCACUUUGUUUAAAAAAAAAAAACAACAAAAAAGAUUUAAAAAAGAAGAAGAAGAAAAAAAAAAAAGAAGAAACUGCAUUUUAUAUGAUUCCUGCCACUUGCUGCUAACUCUGGGCUGGUCAGAAUGCUGCAGCGAUACUUGAUAUAAAUAAAACCUGGCAGUAAAAUGUAGAGUAAAAGAUAAGACCUUUUGCUGGUUUAACUUUUAUCAUAAAGGUGACAUAGGCGAGCUGUGCAGCUUUACAUUUUAACCAGGGGACUCUGUGGCAUUUAAACCGUCUAGAAAAAAAAACAAAACAAAUGGUUGUACUUUAAUGCCAGUAACAAUCUGCUUCCUCUAGUGUCAUUAAAAUAUAUACAUUUAGUGUAUACUUAUCACAAACAAAAAACCUUAUAAGGAUGUUAAAAAACAAAAACCCCAACCAAUGUACGUGUUCUGUUUUUUGGCAAUUGUGGCAUGCAUUUUUGGAUGAUCUUUAGAGGAGGGCGUUUUCUAAAGAUCGUUCAGUGUUCAUACAUGGUAUGUGGAUCUUUAAUGAGUCCUGGGGUUUUGUUUGUUUGUUUUUGAGUGUAGGCAUUGUGAAUAUUCACUUUUAAUCCUAUAUCCAAAAACAAGUCUAUGUUUUUGAUUUAACACAAACAAAAGCUCUUCCUUUUUCUGAUACACUGGAUUCUCUAGAGUUUGUUUCCAUGUUAAAAGCAUGCUGUCAUAACUGCUCUUGUUGAGAUCUCGUCAGUCUGAACUUAGGUGCCACACUUUGAAUUGAUGGACUGCUUGUUCUACUGUACCAUGUAUGAUUCUCGUCCUUUCCUACUUCCUUCACGACAGAUGAUGAUGUGGCUUUAUAUUGUGCCUUACUUGUACAUCUAGGACUCAAUGUUUUUCAUUCCCUCUGAACUCUUCAAACCUAAACCCUUCUGAAAUUCAAGCAGAACUGAUAAAAGCAUCCUGAAAAAAGUCCGGAUAGAUCUGAUUUCAGUUUCUCUCGGUAGUAAUCCUUUUGUUUUUAUACGGAAGACCAGUGUUUGAAUGGCCUUGCAAAACGUGGGGGUGUUCGUGAAGGGUGGUUUUUAGCCCAAAACCCCUUUUGCUAAUCCUUUCUUUUAUGGUUUAUUGAACACACUUACUGCUACUUGGCGAGUACUACUUUUGGUUGGUUGGUUGGUGUGGGAUGAGACUUACUACUAAAGCUAUGUUUACGUGUGGAUGGGCUGGAUUUUAUUGAAAUCAUUGUGAUUUAACAAAGUUGCGUUGCUGUAAAGCUGAUGUGAGAGUCAGGCUCAGCUGUGUUCAGUUCCUAAUUCUUUACAGAUGGAUGUUUUUCCGUACUAAGAGGGACAGGGGAAAACAAAAAGUUGUGGGUUUUUUCUUGUUUGUGUUUGGUUGUGGGGUAUUUUUUUUUAAACCCACCCAACCUAAAAAACCCUGAAGUGGAUGAAGGGUAUCUUAAUUAACCUAAAAUCAACUUCUGAAAUGCAGUGGUGUCAGUUUUGUUUUAAAAAGAUCCCCCCCUUAAUAAUUGUCUGAUACUUGCCUUCAUUAAUCAAUCAGUUCGCUCAUUCACAUAAAGACCGGGAUGUGCUUUUUCAUUUCCAUAAAUCAUUUUAACCUCAUUUUUCUUGAUGUUGUUAAAGCUCUAGAAGGCUUUAUCAGGAGAAUUUCAAAGGGUUGUAUACCAGUUGCCUUCAGCAGAAAUAGCAAAUGCAAUUCUGUUCCUCAAACGUGCUUGCUAGUCUUCCUGAAAUUCUGUUGAAGCAUCACCCAAUUAUGUAUCGUGAAUGUUAGGAUCUGUAUUUGGCCUUGAGACCUGAAUUUCAAGAACACGUCUAAUCAUGAUUUUAUUUUAAGUCGGAGGCUUCAGUUGGAAUCAUCGAGUUAAGUGUGCUGCUAGAUGUGGUCUUGGCUUAUUGACACAGCCUUGCACACAGCCGAGGAUUGUUUUGUUUACCCCAGGGAUCGUGCGAAUUACAUUUCAAACAGUUACUGCUUCAGUGGCUGAUUCUUCUUGUUAACUGUAUUAAGGGCAUUAGUAUGUUGAGAAAGCACCACUCUCGAAUUUCUCCCAAUAUCAGUUGGGAUUCUUAAAUGUCAUUAAUGAAAGAUGGCACUUUUAGGUUAUAUCUUCUUUGCGGCAUACAAACAAAUAUCUCUGUCUUUCUACAGACUUGCAUUUCACAAUAUGCCAUCGUUGGUUUUUUUCACCCCCCAAUGCUUCUGGCAUGAUAAGAAGGUGUGUGUGUGCACUGAAUUAUAAUCCUCAGCCUCUUAGACAUUCAUGAACUUCCACAAGAGCAAUACUGACUAUGCAUUUAUUGUCUUUCUAAUGAGCUGUGGAGCUAAAAGUGGAGCCAGUGCUAUUUUAAGCCACUUUUCCUUUUCUUUCUCCAUUAAAAAAAAAACCCUCCAAGCUUUUUUUUAUAACAUCUGUGUUUGGAGUUUUCCUUUAGUUAAGAAUAUUUUGUAGUUGGGUAUCUGUGUAAGUCAAAUCUGUGUGAGUUAACUAGCUGCUGAAAGGAAAAACUUCUGUGUUGGAUUUGAUAUUGGCAAAAGCACACUCCACCCCAUCAAAAUCUUCUGAUUAAAACCUUAGUGGCAGCACUUAGUUUUAUUAUAAUGAUGGAUAUUCAUACCUUCUGAUUUGAAUUGUCUGUCCUCCAGAAUAUUUUGUCCAAGUAAAACUUUAUUGCUCAGUAUUUGUGGUUGGGUGAACUCUUAAGGCUGAUGGCACAUGCGGACGUAGGUGGUUGACAGACAAAAGCAAAGCAUUUGUGGUAACCUGCCUAUGCUUGGGGUCAUGAUUGUAAUGCUGUCCUUGAUACUCUGUAAUCAACUUCCAACUGGAGCUCAGAUGAAAGUCUUGUCUCUGUUAGAAAAUAAAGUUACCUUGUUAAAAGCAUGAUGUUAAGAGUUGCAAUGUUUAAUGUUGGUUAAUAGUUGUGCAGUUUUUAUUUUUUUGAAAAGAGGCACAAUUAAACUAUUGACUUUGUUUACUCUGUCACCCUUGAUCCCUUAGCACUUCUAUUCAGAUACAGAUUCAUCAAUGUAUGCAACAUCCUUUGUAAUUUAAAAUAAAAAUUGUGGAGGAAAUGCUGUCUGGAAUCGUUGUUUGGAGUGAUAACGAACUGUGUGUCAAGCAAA